UCCCCCCAGCCUGCUCACCACGCCAUUCCCGGCCGCGCGCUUCCCGAUUCCGAUCGCCGGACACCAACCACUUUCCCAAGUAGAGGGGCCGCCGCGGAGAUGUCGGCGACGUGCGCGGCGGACCUGGGGCCGCUGCUGGGUGCGGCGGCGGCGAACGCCACGGACUACCUGUGCAACAGGUUCGCCGACACCACGUCGGCGGUGGACUCCACGUACCUGCUCUUCUCGGCCUACCUCGUCUUCGCCAUGCAGCUCGGCUUCGCCAUGCUCUGCGCGGGCUCCGUCCGGGCCAAGAACACCAUGAACAUCAUGCUCACCAACGUGCUCGACGCCGCCGCCGGCGCGCUCUUCUACUACCUCUUCGGCUUCGCCUUCGCCUUCGGCACCCCGUCCAACGGGUUUAUCGGGAAGCACUUCUUCGGCCUCAAGGACAUGCCGCAGACCGGCUUCGACUACAGCUUCUUCCUCUUCCAGUGGGCCUUCGCCAUCGCCGCCGCCGGCAUCACCUCGGGCUCCAUCGCCGAGAGGACGCAGUUCGUCGCCUACCUCAUCUACUCGGCCUUCCUCACCGGGUUCGUCUACCCGGUCGUGUCCCACUGGAUCUGGUCCGUGGACGGCUGGGCCUCGGCGGCCCGCACGUCCGGCCCGCUGCUCUUCAAGUCCGGGGUGAUCGACUUCGCCGGCUCCGGCGUCGUGCACAUGGUGGGCGGCAUCGCCGGCUUCUGGGGCGCGCUCAUCGAGGGCCCCCGCAUCGGCCGGUUCGACCACGCCGGCCGCUCGGUGGCGCUCAAGGGCCACAGCGCGUCGCUCGUGGUGCUGGGGACCUUCCUGCUCUGGUUCGGAUGGUACGGGUUCAACCCGGGGUCCUUCGUCACCAUCCUCAAGUCGUACGGGCCGCCGGGGAGCAUCCACGGGCAGUGGUCGGGCGUGGGCCGCACCGCCGUGACGACGACGCUGGCGGGCAGCGUGGCGGCGCUGACGACGCUGUUCGGGAAGCGGCUGCAGACGGGGCACUGGAACGUGGUGGACGUCUGCAACGGCCUGCUCGGCGGGUUCGCGGCCAUCACCGCCGGCUGCAGCGUGGUCGACCCGUGGGCCGCCGUCAUCUGCGGCUUCGUGUCCGCCUGGGUGCUCAUCGGGCUCAACGCGCUCGCCGCCCGCCUCAAGUACGACGACCCGCUGGAGGCCGCGCAGCUCCACGGCGGAUGCGGCGCCUGGGGGAUCAUCUUCACGGCGCUCUUCGCCAAGCGGCAGUACGUGGAGGAGAUCUACGGCCCCGGCAGGCCGUACGGGCUGUUCCUGGGCGGCGGCGGGCGGCUGCUGGCGGCGCACAUCGUGCAGAUCCUCGUCAUCGCCGGGUUCGUCAGCUGCACCAUGGGACCGCUCUUCUUCGCGCUCAAGAAGCUGGGCCUGCUCCGCAUCUCGGCCGAGGACGAGAUGGCCGGCAUGGACCUGACCAGGCACGGCGGGUUCGCCUACGUCUACCACGACGACGACGAGCACGACAAGUCGGUGGGCGGCUUCAUGCUCAGGUCGGCGCAGACCCGCGUCGAGCCGGCGGCGGCGGCCAACAGCCAGGUCUAACCAAUCAUGCAUGCCGGCAAGAAAUCCAGUGGAAAUUCGUUCGCCUUUCAGUUCUCGCGCGCGCGUCAUGUCGUGAUCCGAUCGAUAUUUUCCGGUGCUGUUUGGGCCAAUGCUUUGCCGCUCUUGUGUUUCCUUCACAAGAUUGUAAAAUUACACUAGGACGAGGUUAAAUUUUUCUUCCCUUUUUUGUGUACAUGCGUGCGUUUAGAGAUGUGUGGUGUGCGGAUGGGAUCUGCAGGGCCGGGGGUUUUCUUCCUUGGUGAUGAUAAUGAUGUCAUUUUUGUGGUGGAAUUUUGUGAUCGUAAGGGUGUGGUCAAGAUAGGUGGCUGUUGAAGGUUGAAUUGUUGAGAUUUGUCCUCUUGUACGGGCUACACCUCUCUAUCAAAACUUUGGCGCGUUUUCCCGAGCGAA